AGAAGAAGUUAAACAAGUCGUUUCAAAACAUAGUUGAUUAUUUUUAGACGGAACGGUGUUAUAAAUACAAGACAUUCAUUUUUGUAAAGCAUUUUUCACCGAAACGAAAAACCGUGAGACAUUGACUGAUCUCUCGGGGAUUUUUUUUCCCGUUUUUUCUCCUCUGGAAGGAAAAAAAUGGGCUCUCAAGUCUCAUGGUGGCUAUUUUCGGUGAUGAGUGUUGUGUUGAUUCUCAACGUUGUGGAAGGAGGAGCCAAUGAAGAGACUAAGGUCCAUGUAGUGUACCUUGGUGAUGUAGAGCAUAAUGAUCCGGAGCUCGUAACGGCCUCGCAUCACAGAAUGUUAGAAUCCUUACUCGGAAGCAAAAAAGAUGCGAGUGAGUCCAUCGUUCAUAGUUAUCGGCAUGGGUUCUCCGGCUUUGCAGCCCAUCUUACGGAUUCUCAAGCGAAAAAACUCGCAGAGCAUCCGGAUGUACUUCAAGUGCAACCCAAUACUUACUAUGAGUUGCAAACAACAAGGACAUUUGAUUACUUGGGGCUUUCUCAAAGCCUACCAACAGGACUCUCUCAUGAUUCCAAGAUGGGUGAGGAUGUCAUCAUCGGUAUCUUGGACUCAGGCGUGUGGCCAGAGUCCCCGUCGUUUAGCGGCAAAGGGUUGGGGCCGAUUCCGAAACGGUGGAAAGGGAAGUGUGAGGACGGUGAACAGUUCGACUCGAAGAAGCAUUGCAACAACAAGCUCAUAGGAGCGAGAUAUUACAUGGACAACGUCUUCAAGAGAAACAAAACGGACAGCGGAGUACAGACCGACGAAUACAUGUCUGCGAGGGAAAAAAUGCCUCAUGGGAGCCACGUGGCCUCUAUAGCGGCGGGCGCCUUCGUCCCAAAUGUGAGUGAAUCCGGGUUUGGAGAAGGCACGGUGAGAGGUGGGGCACCUAAUGCUCGUCUUGCGGUCUACAAAAUAUGUUGGGAAAGAACAGAUGGAGAAUGCGCGAUCGCGGACAUAAUAAAGGCCAUAGACGAUGCCAUAGCGGAUGGGGUGGACGUGAUCUCGAUCUCAAUAGGAAGGCCGAUCCCUGUAUAUUCUGAAGUCGACGCCUAUAAUCACUUCGCGUUUGGAGCGUUCCACGCGGUCUCAAAGGGCAUUACAGUGCUCAGUGCAGGCGGAAACUACGGACCUGAGAUGUACUCGGUCCAGAACAUAGCUCCAUGGCUCAUAACAGUGGCUGCCACCACCCUUGACCGGUCGUAUCCCGCACCUUUGACACUAGGCAACAACGUGACCUUAAUGGGACGAACCCCAUCUUUGGACAGGGAGAUGCACGCGGAACUCAUGUAUGUAAGGAGCGCAAAGGAAAUAACGAGCGCAGCACGUGGAAAAGUGUUGCUAGCUUUUGUAGUUAAAGAUGGAGAUAAAAGUAGUGAUUAUACGGAUAAGAUUUUUGAGUUUCAAGCGAAGGGUAUAAUCCUGGCCAACACAAGAAAGGAUGUUAUCUCAACUUCCGCAGGAGUGCUGCUAAUGGAAAUCGACUAUGAACAUGGGACUCAAAUGUUGAAGUACAUACAGUCCACCAGCUCGCCGACCAUAAAAGUAAGCCCUUCACUCAAAAUCACUGGACAAGUUGUGGCUACAAAGGUUGCUCAGUUCUCAGGCAGAGGACCCAACUCCGUAUCUCCAUAUGUUCUCAAGCCCGAUAUUGCAGCGCCAGGUGUAUCCAUACUGGCAGCUACUACCCCAGAAGCAAUGGGCGCCGAUACUGGAUAUCAGGCUAACUCCGGAACUUCAAUGGCAACACCUGUCGUCGCCGGCGUGGUUGCCCUUCUCAAAGCUGUGCAUCCUGACUGGUCUCCUGCCGCUAUUAAAUCAGCUCUCAUCACUACAGCUUCCAAGACGGAUCCCUACGGAGAACCAAUCUUCGCAGAAGGGUUAUCACGGAAAGUGGCUGAUCCAUUUGACUUUGGGGGAGGGUUGGUGAACCCGAACAAAGCAGCAGACCCUGGUCUUGUCUACGACGCAGGCCGAGAAGACUACUUGCAUUUUCUAUGUGCUUCUGAUUAUGACGAGAAAUCCAUCACCAAGUUAUCUAGAGGAAAUUACAAAUGUCCGAAUCCAAGGCCAUCACUGCUCGAUUUCAACCAGCCUUCCAUCACCCUUCCAUACCAAAAGGAAGAUGUCACUAUCACUAGAACCGUCACCAACGUUGGACCCGUCGACUCCGUCUAUAAACUCGUCGUUGAGCCUCCUUUGGGUGUCAAGAUCUCCGUCACACCCAACACCUUGGUCUUCAACUCCGCUGUGAAGAAACUCAGCUUCCAGGUCACUGUCUCCACAACGCACAAAGCCAAUUCUAUUUACUAUUUUGGGAGCUUGACUUGGACUGAUGGCUCUCGCAACGUCACUAUCCCAUUAUCUGUGAGGACACAGAUGCUCCCGCAAUUCGACUAUUGAGUUUGUAUUAACUGUUUCCAAUAUCAUGUCAUCGUCUUAUUAACUCAAAACGUCGAGUGUAAUAUUGAUAUAAGUUUCGCGUUGAAAAACACAUAACAACACAAUUCAUUGCCACGACUUAUUUUCUUCUGUUUUUCAAAAAGAGUUAACAUAAACUAUAACGAAAAACCAAAAUUUUUUGAAGCUAUUUGUGCUCACAGACAGGAAACAAGGAGGCCAUUUAGAAGUAAAACCAAGCGGAUACACAGAGAGAGAAAGAUGAUCACAUAGCUCUCAUCUCGGUGCAAUUGUGGCUCUGAUUAAACAGUAGAAUAGUAUGAUAUAAUAACGUGAAAAUCACUUUAAUUUUAUAAUGUAAUAUAAAUCGUUAACAAAGAAAACUAUAACGCCUUGCCAAGAUUCAAGGGUGAGCAAAAGCAAAUAGACUUAUUACAAGCUUGCACAAGUGAUUCUUGGAUCGUCAUAUGUAAUAUGGAGGAUAGAUAGGUUCAAUAGUGGUGCUUGGAUCGUCAUAUGUAGUCUGAUCUCUUCUCUGAAAGUCACUUUGGGGACUCUCUGCUAAAUUGGAAAAAUGAUUCUCGGCUGAACAAAGGCAGAUAAACUUAUGACAAGAUUCUAUAAGUUUGUCCUUUGCAAAACAAUGUUGUUCACAUUCUAAACAAAAACCAAUUUUAGAUUGAGGAGGUCCAAAGGUUAACCGAUCGGCAGAUGCACCUGAUGAAACAAUAAUCAGAGAAAUGAAAAACAAAACUGUUUUCAUUUGUUUUUUAAAUUUUUAAUACUUUUCAAUAUAUUUUUUUGUGUCUCUGAG